UCAGGACAUCGAAUUUAUUCCACAGACUGGAAAAUGUUGAUAAAAUCUUCUACUUCAAUUCUUUCAAUUUGCAUUUUUCGAUGUGUGUUAAUAUUAGCGAAAACAUUUUGUCUAAACAGAUGUUAUACCUGAUGAUACAUCGUAGGAAGCUGCAUUGAAAGCUGAAGAAUGUUUCUAUUGUCUUUUUACAGCAACAACGUUGUCCAAUGUAAUUAGCCAGUACAAAGUUUAACAAAUUGAUGUAGGAAUUGCAUUUAACCUUUCUGGGAAAUGACAGACAUAUUUCAGGCAUUGUAAACGGUAUUGUAAUUUAUGGGACGCAGAUUUUCCUUUAACAAUGUUGCAAAAUAUAAUGAGUGGUUGUUCUACAGCCGACGUUCAGAAUCGUCACACCUGUUACUCAUUAGAACCAAAGUUUACCGUCACAUUGUUUGGUUCGUUAAUUUAAAAGAAUGUCUUAGUAAAACAGAGACGAAAAGUAGGUAGAGGUAAUGACGGUCAUUAAGGGUAUACUUUUAAGUAAGUGCGAAAAGGACUUAAAGGGUUGUUAUGUAUAUGAUGUGCUAUGCUUACAGAGCACAUAAAAACCACUUUUGACAACAUAUUUCGGUCAGUCGUGAGGUGUUACUCCGAGUCAACGGAACGAUGUUGUUUAAAAAUUACUUUUACGUGAUUCGAUUGCUGGUGGUGUGCUUAAACUAUGUGAAUGGCCUUUGUCCAUAUGCCCAUCAAUUCAACGAUGUGUUAACGGUGAACGAUGUUAAUGAUAUCACAAACGAAAUUCAAUCGGCAGAGAAUACUGUAGUCGAAACUUACAUGUCAUCGAUAUCCUACGAUACGUGCCAGACAAAUUGCCAUUGGUAUGUAUCGCAACCGCCACCGAUUUCGAGUCAAAUCAUAGAAAAUGCCUUGACGAGUGCAGUUUAUCAAACGGAGAAAUAUACGGCACUCGAUGUUGCUGCAGCCGCUGCUGCGGGAGUUUCUCCAGCUCCAUCAUUGAUCUAUAUGGAUCGCAUCAAUUAUUUUUUUGAAUCGGCUACCCGUUAUAUUCAAGAGACUACGUGCUCGUCGAAAGAGACCACGACAUUAUUUCUGCCAUCGCUUCAGUUCGACAAUUUUGGAAAAUAUUUUACCAAAGACAAAACGCCUGUGAGUUGUGAUAAUGGUCAAUCAAAUUGUGACGGGAAAAGUUUAGUGAGGCGAGUCGACGGAUCUUGUAAUAACUUGAAACGACCAAAGGAUGGUGGUGUCGGCGAUUGUAUGCUACGUUUAUUAGCGCCUGACUAUAAGGAUGGCAUCAGUGCAUUGCGAUCUUCAGUCGACGGAACAUCACUACCGAAUCCGAAAAUUUUAUCGGAUGCUCUGUUCGGUGGAGCUGAGAACCGGCCAUUUUCGGACAGUCAUUCCCUAUUCCAAGCCUUAUUCGGCGAAUUUGUUAUCGGCGAUAAUGGAGUCACAUUGAACCAUGAUACGGCGAUGUUGUUUGACCUACAAUGUUGUGAUGCAGACGGUCGUCCACGCAUUGAUCAUCCACAAUGUGCAGCUAUUUUCAUACCUCCCGGAAUCAGUUCAGCGGAAUCUUAUGCCAACGAAAAGUGUAUGCGAUUCGUCAGAAGUUUGCCGUGCGCUCGUUGUAAACUCGGACCCCGAAUGAUAUCCAGUUCAGUGACGGCGGCCCAGGAUUUGAAUUCUGUGUAUGGUGUGUCCGAUGAAAUGUUAAAGGCAAGACGAACCUUUAAGGGAGGUUGUUUGCAGUCGGAAACUGUGAGUGGCGAAGAGAUUUUUGCUGUUGAGAAAAUGAAUGGUAGCAUACGGCUACGCUGUUUCAAAGGCAAAUGCGAGCCUUCACCGAUGGAUGCGCGAAAUUUAUUUGCACCGAGUGGCCUAGUUUUUGCGUUGUUGUUCCACCGAAAUCAUAAUCGACAUGCACGUAACCUAUCUGCAGCCUACCCGAAAUGGGACGAUGAGAAAAUCUUUCAAACGGCCAGACGAUUGAAUAUUGCCGAAUACCAGCAUUGCCUUUACAGCGAAUAUCUGGAAACGUUAAUCGGGGAGAAUUUGAUGCAACAUUUUGCUUUGUAUCCAGAACCACCGGGCGAGUUCAGCGACUACGAAGAAGAGGUAUCAGCUAAAACAAUCGUGGAGUUCCAAUCAACAGCUGGACGACAUGGUCACACCACAUUGAUCGAAGAUGUGCCAAUCAUCGAACCGAAAACUCUGAAAGAACUCUCGCUAAGUCUGCGUGAUCGGGAUGUGUUUGAAAAGAUUUUUUACGGCGGUCUGGUCGACGGAGUGCUUCUGGCUCAACUGUCCAAACCUGCAUUCGCAGUAACUCCCAGCAUCCCGUUUAAGACAUUCUCAACAGUCACUCCUAACGUAGAUCUUGCUGCGCUGGAUAUUCAACGACAACGCGAUCACGGAAUUCCCGGCUACGCUUUCUACCUGAAAUAUUUUAACCGUGCCGACGUUGGGAGCUGGCAAGACUUGCUACAAUUCAUCGAUGCCGAAAACAUCAAAAAGCUGCAAGACCAUUACAACCACGUCGAUGACAUUGAAUUGUAUGUGGGCGGUCAUCAUGAGCGUAGAGUCGACGAUGCUAUAACAGGUCCGACAUUUGCCCAUAUCAUCGCGCUUCAAUUUCAUAAUGCGAAAUACGGCGAUCGUUUCUUCUAUGAACACGGAAACCAGGCUGGUUCGUUUAGCAUAGAACAAUUGAAUGAGAUCAAAAUGAAGUCCUGCUUCGCCUAUAUUUUGUGUAAAAAUACGAAAUUGGAACAUGUGUUACGGAAUCCGUUCAGGGUAUUCUCAUACGAAAAUCAGUUUGUAUCUUGCUCGGAAUUCGUUGACGUCGACUACAAAUUGUUGUAGCCAGAUUGGGUGGCUGGCCAAUUGUAGAAUGGAGUAAUUUUUACGGAGUUAAAUAAAUUUUCUUAUUAGUUAGAA